AACAUUAAUGCACACGACCUUUCGUCGCUGAGAAACCACCGCGGAAGCCUAUUGCUAUUACGCCAAUUUGUCCUCAACCUCUUGUAACGGUAAAUUCUUUUCGAUCAUCCAUCAAUCUCCGAUCAACUUGGAACAAUCAGUCAAUUACUGGCAGCUGGUUAAUGCACAACAUAUGCUUUAUGGACCACUCGUUGGUCGCAGUUUUCACUCUUCUACUCUUUGUUACUCUUUCAUCAACUGAUCAAGUAAUUUUAGAGAAAAAGCCAGCGUCAGGAGGAACAUGGAUUUGGGACCAAUCAAGAAUACAGACUGCAGCUGGCGGGCCCUGCUGGGGGUGGACGAAGCUGACAUAUUAUUCAACCUGUGAUAUUUCUCUGGAUUCAUUUCCGCAACCAAACAACUGGCUUCGAAGUGAUCCCAUCGAAGUUCACAGUGGUGUUAAAACAGUCCUCGUUACCAUUGAGUACAAAACAAAUAACUGUUCGUCGUAUUCUGACAAAGGAGGGAAAUAUUGCAAAAACUAUUUCCACUUAUACGAACAUCAGUCCUGGCAACCAACGAGUCCCGACCCUCUAGCGAACAAUGCUACAUCUGACAAGAUUGCGAAAACAGCUGCACCAGCUCUGGGAAUAAAAGUAACUCAAACCUUUCGUGUAGAUGUUAAAAGAAAGUACAUCGUUUUGGCAUUUAAUGACCGGGGUUCAUGUAGCGUCUUUUUCUCCGUCACCGUUAGUUACUACGUCUGCCCAAGAUUGACUCUUAUAAGUAGCUUGGUUUUACUACCACAAACAGUAGCUCCAGCCAACAACUCAAAGCCAGUUGAAGUUAAUUGUGUCACUGCUGCCUUUAACAAGCAAGGCACUCUAAGUAUGGAUUGUCAGAGUGAUGGGGUCUGGAACAUCAGUUCACUUAAUGGAAGUUGCAUAUGUCCGGAGGGGAUGGAAAAUGUAGGAGGAAAAUGCGAAGAGUGUCCGGAGGGACGAUACAACGAUGAGAGUGGCUUAAAUUGUACAGAAAUACCAUCUGCCCCCCAAAACGUCAACGUUAUCUUUGUCAACCAAAGCACACUGGAAAUACAGUGGCAGCCUCCUGUAGAAACUGGGGUUCAGACCUAUGUGUUUUAUGAAGUUGAAUGCCGUCGACCAUGUGAAGGUGAAGACAAAAGCAAGUGCGUAGAUAAAGCGUGCGGGAGUGAUGUCAUUUUCAAACCGAGAAAGGAUGGCUUGAACAUUACUCACGUUAUUGUUGGAAACCUCACUUCAUUUGUAAACUACACGAUAACAGUCUACUCAAGGAACCGAGUGAGCGAUUUGUCGAAAAGAAUACAUAGAAUUCCGGCGAACUUCGCGGCAAUUACCAUAAGGACUAACGGAUCACUUCCAGGUAAACCGGGAGUGACUGUUGGACAACCGGAGGAGACUGUUGUAGUAUCUUGGACUCCAAAGGAAAAGAACGGCGUCAUCAAAGAGUAUCACGUGACUUAUGUAAAUGAGGAUGAUGCUUCGGAAACCAAGACUCUCACCACAAAGAAAAUGGAAGCGCAGUUUGAUUUGAAGGCGGGAAAAACUUAUCAAUUUCAGAUAUUUGCUACAAACGACAUCGGAAGGGGCCCUGCUGGGAUCAAGACGUACACGCCAAGAAAAGAUAACUCGAAGAAAAUACAGCUUAUCGUUUACGCAGCUGGAGGAGGAGGAGCACUGCUGCUUGUUAUACUAAUAGUGGUCAUUGUUGUCUUUGUCGUGUCUCGUAGAAGGAGAAGUAAAAAGAGUGUAGAGGAAGCCUAUAUGCAGGCCCUUCAGCAAGGAAAUGAACUUCAAACCACGAAUCCUCGAGACCAGCGAACCUACAUCGACCCUAACGACUACAUCGACGUACAAGAACAUCUGACAUCAUUCACGACUGAACUAAAAAGAAGUGACAUCAAACUCGAAGGAGUUAUCGGACAAGGGGAGUUUGCGGAUGUCUACAAAGGAAUAUUAAAGUCUCGUGAAGGCAAAGGAGUGGUUGCUGUCAAAGUCUUGAGGCCUGGUUCCAGCGAGAAAAAUCAGAAAGAUUUUCUUUCCGAAGCAUCCUUAAUGGGCCAAUUUGAUCACCCAAAUGUUAUCCGCCUUGUCGGAGUGGUGACACGAAGUAGACCAACGAUGAUUCUAACGGAAUUCCUGGAAAGUGGAUCAUUGGAUCACUUUUUACAGGUUCGAGACUUGCAUCUAGUUUUCUGUGACCUCUUGUCUUUUGCGUGGAUGAUCGCUGAUGGCAUGAAUUAUUUAGCAUCAAUGAAGAUUGUUCAUCGAGAUUUAGCAGCUCGAAAUGUGUUAGUGGGUGACAAAAAAGUGUGUAAGAUAUCAGACUUUGGUUUAGCACGUGGUUUGGAAGAAGACAUCUACACGAGAAAAACUCAGGCUCGUCUUCCCAUUAAGUGGAUGCCUCCAGAAUCUCUAUUCUAUGGAACAUCAACUACUAUGAGCGAUGUAUGGUCUUACGGCGUUGUGAUGUGGGAGGUGUUUACCAUUGGUGAGUCACCUUAUCCUGGAAAAACAUCCCGAAAAACUGCUAAUUUGUUGCAGACAGGGUACCGUAUGCCAAGGCCAGCACACAUCUCACAAGAACUGUAUUCGAUUAUGAAGGAGUGUUGGGAAGAAGAGCCCUCAAAGAGACCAACAUUCCAGUGGCUUUGCUCUGCGAUGAAACGACUGCUGGAUGAUCAUAAGACUUAUGUGAACUUGGAAAUCUACGACGGCAAGAACUAUGUUAACUUUGAUAUGAUGAUGGACAAGGAGUGAUGAAAGUUGUUCAAUUUAUUUCAUUUAAUAUUGGAGGGUAGAGGUUCAAUCAACGACAUAUACCUCAUUUAUGACCUUACCUCUUAAUUAUGCAAGUAGAAGUGAAAUUGGAGAAACUCCUUCAUAUUAACGAUGCAAAAGGGUUCGCUUUGGAAAUAUUUGUUAAUAGCGUUUGUAUCAGGAAGUACAUUGCGUGUUAUUUUACGGAGAAAACCGUUUAGCAAAAAAAUUGGACUUAAAGUUAAGUUUAAUAUUGGAAUUAGUUAGAAAUUCUUAAUUUUCGAAAAAUAUUCGAAGAAAGCUUUUACUCAAGGAAUUUUUGAAAAUAUAAAAGUAGAUUUUAGCUUGUAGCCUAAUUAAGCACGUUUUAACUAUGUUUAUUCUCUGGCUUAUAUACUACAGCAGCAUUAAAGUUGCAAUACGGGCUUGAAUCAUACAGUCGGUCUCUGUAUGAAAGUAUUAUUAUUAAGGAUGCCUUUAAGGACAGCGAAAGACAUCUUGUAUCAAAUUUUCAUUUUUUUGGACCGAGGUUUUGGUGAACGGUUAUUUCGACAGCUAGCUUAAAAAACAAAAUUUGAAAUUUUUAACAUUCAAUAACACCUUUAAAGAUCAAUUGCAUUCUAAUUUUUAGGAUAUUAUUUGGAAUUAUAGCUUAUAGUGAAUAAAUCAAUAACGUCAAACUAGCUCAUCGGCUGACACGAAAGAUUUCGCGACAAACAUUUGAUGCUAACAAAGACACAUUGCCAAACUCUCGCAAACAUGUCUUAACUAUUGAUGAAACCUGUCUGUAGUUUUUCAACUUCAAUGUCAUUCUGGGCUGAAAUAAUGGUCAUAGCUAACUCUCACCAAUGAAAUGCACAAGUUCAUCGUGAUACCACGAUCAUGAUACCAUGAUCCCGAGCUAAACGAACUAUUCUGCCCAAAAGCAUCCGUAAAUGAACCCAUAAAAAUAAGAAUAGUUAAAGGCCAGACAUAACUUGAAAGUUACAUUUAAAACGAGGAAACUCCUCGCUCCUGUCAGCCGAGAAAAAACUCCAGAUGCACCGGAGACACUUUUUCGAGGCACACUUUUCUGGGAAUUUUUGUGCGACGCAUUUAUGAACAACUUCCAGUGACUCAGUGAUUUUCCAGUAACAUCGCAUUAAGGGAUCGCUCAACGAACAAGAAUGGUGGUUAGUACUUAAUUCGUGGGUACAAUAAAACCGAGAGCGAUAAGUUAUUAGUUACACUGUGUGAUGUCUUUGAUAGAAAAGAUUAUAAUACAUUUUAAAAGGUGUCGAGUCUGCUAGGCACCCGAGUCCGUAGUUACAGUUAAGGGUUGAUAAUGAUAGAAUGAGCGAAACCGAGGGUAUCUAAAAUGCCAUUCAACAAUGCUCGAAACUCUCUCAGUUACUUAUUGAUUCUUCUCACCAGCUUGUAAGUUAAACCGUACUAUGAGAAAUUA